AUUUAUUUUUCGCUUCUGUAUUCUUCUGCAGCCAUUUACAUUGUAGAGGAUGCUCAAUGCUAGGUCAUAUUGUUAUAUCCUUCUAUACCCCUUGCAGGGAAUGGAAGAGGAUUCUUUCAGGCAAUGCAGGGGCAUCACUGCAAAUAUCUACGUUGGAUGUCUUGUUCCCCAUGGACUCUAAAUAAUUAUUUUCUGCUCAAACACAUUGUGGUUUGAAGAAAAGAUCUGUGAGCGUUAUGUUGCAUGCUGCUGCUUUGGAGUUCCUUGUCUCCUUGGUGUCUUGUAAUGUUGUCUCUCCUACUGGAAGUGCCCAAAUAUGAGGAGGUGGAACAACUGGACGCAACAGCCCAUGCAUGGGAGGAUGGGCUUUCACAGCAUCUCUCAAGGUUCAAACUAUCUGGCCAUCCAUUAAAUUAUGGACAUGACAUUCCAAGAGUUCUCCCUAGACUCCAGUGUCAGCUUAUGACUAUUUCACCACACUGUGCCAACUCUUGCGUUCGCAAGCUCAGCUGGAGUAGUACUCUGUCAGCAAUUCAGAGUAAUGGAUUAUAUUCUGUCAUGAGUAACCAGGACUCAAACACAACUGAUCUCAGCUGCAGAGUUCCAGGCACCAAAAUGAAUCGGUUCCCUCAUUUACGAGACUACAGAGGAUAUAUGAUGUGUUCCCAUCUCAACACUAGCAGAACACAAGUGUCCAGUGAUGCCUCCAAGUCACGGUCUUUUCAGCGGGAGCAGACAAGCUGUUCUAGAUAUCCAGACCCUAUCAUCAGAGCUCCCAUACAAUACUUGCAGAGACUUUCAGAAAUGACCAGCUUGGAAACUGAUACUAUACGUCAGGAAAACACGAAAAAACAAACUCAUUAAAUUUAAUGGCGAUGACACCAGAAAUUCAUGAAUUAUCUCCAACUGAAACGGCCUUUCACUUUACUUUGGCUUUACUAUAUUCAGUUACUGAAGAUUAUUUUUCUAUACUUCGGGUUAUAAGAUAUUGGUGACUGAUUUUUGAUUGACAUAAAAGGAAUACGCUUGGAAUAAAUUAAAAGUUAUUUUUUUAAUACUCAAUCUAAAAAAUACAAUGCUUAAAAAAUAUCUUUAGUUUUCAUUUUAAAGUGAACCUGUAUUUAAAAUGCUAUUCACUUUCUUGUUAAAAUGUAGCUGCAAUUCCUCAGACUGCCAGCAGGUGGAGAUAUAUACUUAAAGACAGUUUUGAGCUAUUUCCAGAUAAGAACUUAUAACUGAGAUUCAAAAGAAACUUCCAGCCGUAGCCAAAAGUUUUGUGAAUGACACAUAUUAGUUUUUACAAAGUCUGCUGCUUCAGUGUUUUUAGAUCUUUUUGUCAGAAGUUACUAUGUUAUACUGAAGUAUAAUUACAAGCAUUUUGUAAGUGCCAAAGGCUUUUAUUGACAAUUACAUGAAGUUUAUGCAAAGAAUCAAUAUUUGCCGUGUUGACCCUUUCAAGACCUCUGCAAUUCGCCCUGGCAUGCUUGUCAAUCAACUUCUGGACCGCAUCCUGACUGACGGCAGCCUAUUCUUGCAUAAUCAAUGCUUGGAGUUUGUCAGAAUUUGUGGGAUUUGUUUUGUUCACACGCCUCUUGAGGACUGACCACAAGUUCUCAAUGGGAUUAGGUCUAGGGAUGGCCAUGGACCCAUAAUCUCAAUGUUUUGUUUGCCAAGCCACUUAGUUAUCA